CACUGCUGGUUUGACAAAGCUUGACAAAACGAAACUGCCGGCAGAUGGCAGCAUGAUCUGCACGUGCCAAAGCUUGUUUAUUUCAAGAUGGCAGCGGACAAGGAAGCCAUAGCCAUUGUGCUGGAUGUAGGUCCAUCCAUGAGUGAGUCUCCUCCAGGGACGUCUACACCCCUACAGCAGGCAGGAACAGCAAUCACUAUGAUACUGCAGAGAAAGAUAUUUGCCAACUCGAAAGAUGAGAUUGCUCUCAUAUUGUUUGGCACACCUAACACAGCCAAUGAACUCGCGGAUGGCGAGGAGUACCAAAACAUCACCCUGGCACGCCCUCUAGGUCUUCCCGACUUUGACCUGCUCAAAUAUGUACAGAAUGAAAUACAGCCUAGCAACAUAUCUGCUGACUUUAUUGAUGCAAUGGUGGUUGCACUAGAUCACUUAGUCAAACAUACAGAGGGAAAGAAGUUUGGAGGUGGAAAACGUUUGAUCUUGUUCUCAGAUCUUGGCGGAGAAUUUGCUGAUGACCAACUUGAUGACAUUGUUAAUGGCAUGAAGCAGGCAGAAGUGCAAUUAAAUGUAAUUGGUCCAGAUCUAGAUGAUGAUGAUGAAGAUGAAGAUGACAGAGGAGCCAAACCUGCAGCUAAUGGACACUCCAAGCCGAAGUCAGCUCAGCAGAGAGCUGGGGAGGCCAUGGUAAAACACCUGCUGUCACAGGUAGAAGGAGAGAGUUAUUCCUUCAGUGAAGCACUGCCAGCCCUCAGCUAUUUCCAAAACAGAAAGGUUAAGCCCACGCCGUGGAAGUGUAAUUUAGAGAUUGGGAAUAGCCUUCAAAUAGCUUUAGCUGGUUAUGUCAGGGUAGUUGAACAGAAAGCUCCCAGCUUCAAGAAUUGUUACGCCAAAGAUAUCCAUGCCGAGGUCACCACCAGUAGGUCGUAUCACCUUGACGACGAGGCCAGCACCGAGGUCGAGAAAGAGGAAACUGCACAAGGUCACAGAUACGGUAACACGCUAGUGCCUUUCAGUGAAGAUGACAUAGCAAACAUGAAACUGAAAACUGUGAAGUGUUUUAAGCUUUUAGGAUUUACUGAAACUAAAAAUGUGAAGAGGCAUCACUUCUUAGGAAAUAACGUCCAGUCCUUUGUUGCUGAAAAGUAUGAUGAGGCAGCAGGGGUGGCUCUCUCUGCCCUCAUCCGCGCCCUCCACGAGACCAACUGUGUCGCCAUAGUGAGGAAAGUGUACAGGGCCAAUAGCGAUGCCAAGCUAGGGGUGCUGUCUCCGCACAUCAAGGCUGGAUAUGAGUGCCUGUUCUACAAUGAGAUACCUUUCAUGGAGGAUGUGAGGCAGUUUACAUUUGGGUCCUUACCCUUAGAACCAGGCAGUGAACUCAACAAAAAGUUUUCUCCCUCAGAUGACCAGCUAAGGGCAAUGGACAACUUGAUUGAUUCCAUGGAUUUAUCUAAGACAUCACAGGGAGAUGAGGAGGAGGAAGAAGCUCUGAAACCCAAACUUACUUUCAAUCCACAUUUACAGAGGUUAUAUCAGUGUCUACAGCACAAAGCUCUCAACCCAGACGACCCACUGCCGGAGUUGUCCCCCAUCAUUGCUGACUACCUGAAACCCCCUCAAGAAGUGCUGACCAACUGCCAGACACAUGUGGAGAAGUUAAAGGAGGUCUUUCCUCUCAAAGUUGUUGUAAAAAAGAAGGAAGAAGUGUCUGCAAAGUCCAUGUUCCAGGACAAACCCAUUGGUGAUGUGCCAGCUUCCAAGAAACCAAAACUUGACGAUGGUGCAUUGGGAGACAUGAAACAACUGGACAAGGUCAAGGUCACAAAGGUUGGCACGGUAACACCAGUGGAGGAUUACUGGGCCAUGUUGCGUCGAAAAGAUGAGGACAUGUUUGAAGAGGCCUGUAAACAGCUGGAGACUGUAAUAAUAGACAUCAUUAUGGGGUCAUUUGGUGCCCAGUCUUACCCAAAGGCAAUGGAGUGUAUGAAGGCACUAAGAGAAGCUGCCUUAAAGCACCUGGAGCCUGGGGUAUUUAACAAAUUUUUCACCCAGUUUAAGAAGGAGAUGGAGCACUACAAUAAAAUGGUUCUCUUCGAGAUGGCAAAGAACU